AUGGAUUUUGAGACCGUUCGCGUGCACGAGUAUGCUGUGCUUGGGGAGGGCUUGGGAACUAAAGUCUCUGUGACCAAUGCCAGCGGAGUUAAAACAUGUUAUAUUUCAGAUGGUCUAGAAAGACGAAUUCGAGUUGAAAGACAGGAUCCCUCCUCUGCUGGCAAUGACGAUCCAUUUCAAGAAGUCUCCAGGCGUAACUACAAUGCUCAAGGUCAAUGCUCCGAGGUAACGACCAUCGACUGGGUAACGAUGGACAGGGACAAUCCCGCGACAUGCGAGAUGCAGCAACGCCUCGAGUUUAACAAUUGGGGCCAGCUCUGCAAGACUACCGAUAACAGCGGACGAGUCACCACUUCUAUCACCGACCCGAUUGACCAGUGCACCACGAUUGGUGUCGAAGGAGAAGGGACUAUGACCACCAGGCACAAUCUGGCGGGGCUGCCGAUAUGGACCCUAUUCCGUAAAGCGGAUGGAACAGACUACAGCGCAAAGGUAUCCAGCUAUGACGGACUGUAUCGUCUUGUCCGGGAGCAAGAUCCGCUUGGACGAGUCACUAAGUACGCGUCCGACAGCUUUGACCGCAUUACGGACACCACCUGGCUGCCUGGCGGCCGGACGACCACCACGACCUACACCGACCAAAGCUCAACAGAGCUACCGUGCAAGGUCGGCUUAAACCGGCAGUCCGUCGUGGGAGAACAGCGGUUUGACGGAUUAGGGCGAAUAAAGGUGCGAAGCGUUGGGCCACGCGUUACCUCACAGAACUACAACGGCAACACCCCCGAGCCUAGUGAAAUCUCGGAUUCUUAA